AUGACCAAGGCAGACGUGGAAUGUAUUGUCAACGAGGGUCAGAUUUGGAGAUGCCCACCUUGUUCCAAGUUGAGGAGGCAGAGUAUGAGUGCUGUGUCUUCUGCUGAGGAUGGCAAUGCCAGCAUAUCACAAGUGAUAUUUAUGCUAGAGGAGGCCAGAGAGGAUAGGAAGCGAAUGGAGAGGGAAUUUAAUGCUUCUUUCGAGUUUGCAAACAGUAAGAUUGACGACCAGACUAAUACAAUUACUAAUCAAACUUUGAAAAUAAAUGAGUGCCUUAGAUUAAUUGAGGACUUGAAAAAAGAGAAUGCAAGCCUUAAGAGGAAAGUUUGUGACUUGGAGACACGGCUCGAAGAUGCUGAACAGUACACACGCUCCAAUACACUUGAAAUCUAUGGAGUACCAGAGACGAAAAACGAGGAUGUGUAUGAAACUGUAAAGAGAGUGUGUAAUGCUCUUGAUGUUAAUAUAACAAGAGAAAAAAUUGACGUCUGCCAUCGACUGGGAAAACCUAAGGGAGACAAUCGGCCUGCUGGUAUUAUUGUGAAAUUUGUCAGGAGAGAGGACAAGUUCUCGGUGGUGGCGAGGAGAAAGGUUAAGCGUAAUUUAUCGACGCAGGACCUUGGAUUCCAGCAGCAGGCAGUAGUCUACAUCAACGAGAGUCUAAGUCCGGCGCGGAGAAGAAUUUUUGCAGCUGCCAGGGAGGCUAAGAAGAAAUAUGACUACGCUUAUCUGUGGGUGCAGAACGGGAGGAUACUAAUGAGGAAGGAGCAGGGUAAACCGAUUGUGAAAAUAUCGUCGUUGAGUGAUCUCGAUAGACUGUAA